AAAAAUAUAUAUCAUUUUUAGUUUGAAUUACAGGUAGUAUCAAACUUGCCAGUUCAACAUUCAAAUAGAAUAUUAAAAUUCAUUAAAUUUAAUGACAAAACAUAAAUAAUUACAUUAUUAAUUGUAAUUAUUUAUAUUAUCAAUACAUUUUAUAUAGUUUAAAUCUGAAAAAAAAAAUAAUAAUAAUAAUAAUAAUAACACCAUGAAAGCAUCUCGCCAUCAAUGGAAAUUUAAAAUGAUUUAUAUGAAAUUAAACUUAAAUUUCUGUUACUUAAUGGGAAAUUCAAGCUUGAAAUGAAAUAUAAUGUUCAUUUUAUGGCCCAUGGAGGAACAACACUUCAUUUUCACGGAAGGAUCUAACUUGCCCAAAAUUUUAAUUUGAGUUCAUAAAGUUAUGUGAAAACAAUGUGAUGAACAUUUAUAUGGAAAAAUGAUAAUUCAGUUCAAACAUUUAGUUACUAAAUUUCUGAUUACUAGAUGCAAAUGGUAAAGAACAUACCUUGAAAUAAAAUAACAGUUGUUCAUUCUCAAUAGCUUACAUUUGUAAUCUCAUUACAUGAUUUACAUUAAAAAAAAAAAAAACUUAUAAUAUUAUCAUUUAUAAAUUCUUUACAAUAAUUAUCGAUUAUAAUACUAUUGUAAUUCAGCGAAAAAUUGAUAUUGUUUUGCAACAAACACAAUUAGGCAAAUUAACUAAUGUUAUUUUUAUUAUUGCGUGAUUAUGUAUUAUUUAUUUUCAGAUUUCAUCAGUAAUUUAGUCAAAUCUUUCUGCCCAAAGGUUGGACGUGUUUGUGGUUCAUAAUGACUUUUUGUUGUGUGUUAAUAUUCCCAAUAGCUGAGGUAGAUCUGUCAGGGAGUUGCGUUUUAUCCCAGAUGCUGUCAGUGCUUCAGUUUAUCAUGAUAAGCAGGUGAUACCACUCAUCUGCCAUUCCAGCGCAUGGAUGUUGCUAAUUAAAAAUGUGAAAACUAGGACAGAGAGAAACUCGACAUAUGAAGUUCAGAGCCAGGUGGGGGUCUUGGCAAAGACAGAAUGCUGUCAAACAAGGAUCACAUGCAGGAUUUAAUACUCUAACGUUAUCCUACAAACUUGUACGUGACUCCCGGGAGAACAUUUUUGUCUGGAUUUGGAUUGCUCAUGUUUCACUUAGAUUUCACUUGAAUUCUGUUUUAAAGGUCCUACAGGCGUAUUUUUAAUGUGUAUUAUAACAUGCAUAUUUCGCUUUUUACUUAAAUUUGUGGGGCUUAUAUUUUUUGUCAGGCAAAAAAAAAAAAAGCACUUUGUGUGGUAAUAUUUAAAUUAAGUUUUUGAAUUAAAUUCAAUUCAAUUAACCUUUUAGUUAAAAUAAGCUAUAUUUAAUUAAACUAACCUUUUAAUUAAAUACUUUUUAAUAUGACUGCAUCAACCUCAAUCAUUUUUAGGAGUCAGAACAGAUACAAAUAUAUAUCCUUUAUAUCCAUUAAAGAUGAAAAACAUUUGUCGCAGACAAUCCGCAGGCUAAAUUGAAAUUAAUAUUAAGAGUAAUUUUAAAAUGCAUGUAUAUUUGUAAAAUUAGCUCUUGUAUAUGAUGCAUUUUAUAUAAAUGAAUAAAUAUAGAACAUGCAAUGUAGUUUAUGCUGAAAAAAUUGGCAAAGAAACAAUUUUCACUCAAAUGACUAGUAAAUUUCAUAAACAACUUCAAAGAAUUUAAAAGCAAGUAACAACUUGAAUUAAAACAUGAUAUUUCAAAGUAGACAAACUGAAAUAGUAUCUUCUCAUAAAACAUACUCCAAUAAUCUUUGUUAUAUUUACAACUUUGAAAAUCAGUGUAGUUAAUUUAGUUAAAAUUGGCUAUACAUACAAGCAAAUGAGUUGUUUUACAAAAAAGCAUUAUUUAUUGUUAUUUGUUUAAUGUUAAUAUGAUUGAAUCAAUAUGACUACAUUAGUACACAGUUAUGACAUUGAAUUGAAACAACACUAUUGUCUUCUGUAGAGCUUCUUUACAGCUACAAUUAAAUUGGUUUCAUAAUUCAUGAAUUUUACAACAUAAAUACUGUUAUUUUUCUGUUCAUUACUGCAAAUCUGUAUUGUAUAAAACUAAAAAAAAAAAAAAAAACUUUUGGUUAUACUUACAAAAUACAUCAUUCUUCUUUUGGUUGUUUUGUUUUUCUGCUAGCUCGGUUAAAAUGUUCCUAGAAAAUUAGUUCAAAUUAAAUGAAAAGCUGCCGUACAUGGUAAAGUAAAGCUCAUACAUCUGCUAAAUAAGUAUGCGUAUAGAAACUAUAUUUGAUGCAUCGGAUGGGGAGGCACGUCCCAUUUUGGAAUGGUUUCAUCCAUAAGGUGUUACCGUAGUUCACGUAAUAUCUCCCUCCCUGUUUUCCCUUCACUCGCUUUUGCGAAGCACAUGUGACACUUCAUAACUCCAGCCGCUAUUCCAGGCCAAAUCAUUCAUGCCAAAGGGAACUACAGGCGGCUAGUGAACGUAGAGUCCUGCUGGAUCGACAAAAACUUGUAGACUUGAGUGAAGGAACAGUGUAAGUACCUCAGGCGAAAAGCUUGACAAUAAGUCUGCUCCUCUGGCUAGUGCUCAUGGUGGAGUGGGUCAGAACCUGCUGCUGAGUCCUGCCAGUCUUCAGCUGGCUCAGCUUCAGGCCCAGCUCACCCUACACCGCCUCAAACUCGCCCAGACCACCAAUACCGCUGCCGCAGCCACUGUCCUAAAUCAGGUUCUUUCCAAUGUGGCCAUGUCCCAACCUCUCUUCAACCAUCUUCGGGGUUCCAGCAUGGCCCAGGCCCACAGUGGGGCAUUUCCACCUCCACCCAUAGCCUUCCCACCACCAAAUGCUGCACUGGGACAACUGGUUGGUGGUGGCUUUGCCCCAAAUCCCACUGGAAUCAGGCCCACCAACUACAGUGGGAUGUCCAACCAGAAAGCUAGUCAGCACAAUGAUUUCGGGAAAAAGACUGGAACGUAUUCGACAGACACAGACCGUCGCUUGCAGUUUGGUUAUCUGGGAGGGGCUUCAGUGGUGACUAGUAAAGCAUGUGAUGGAGGACAGUAUGGUGGAGCCUCUACACAACCAAGAAAUAAUGUCCACAGCAAUUUUCAAAGAGACUUCUACUCCUCGGAAACACCAGUACAACAAACUGGUUUCAUGGGAGGAAGCAAUGAUCAGAAUCUGGGAUCAGCUUCUAAGGAUCAAUGGAAAGGUCCGAUCAACUUGGGGAAGAUGGAUAUAGGUACAGGAACAGGUUCUGGGGGAUGGGUACCACCCGGACCAGGGUUUGUGGGUCAAAGAGCAGAACUGUAUAACCCAGAGGAACCUACAGCAGAUCCUAAGUUCAACUCGACAUGUGGCCCAGGAAUUGGCCCACCCAUUGGACAGCAAGGGGGAAUUCAACAGCAGCCACAGGUUCCCCAGAGCGAGGAAGGGGCGACCUUGCAAUUGCAACCCCACCAGUUCAAUGACUAUCAUGGGACAAUACCUUCACACCUACCCCAUCAGUGCACCAUUUGUGAGAAGAAAGUUUAUAACCUGAAGGACUGGGAUCAGCAUGUGAAGGGCAAGUUACAUCUGCAGAACUGUUCGCUCUACACCGAAAGCCCGACGCUCGGAGCAGUGCACUUUCCAGUGUCGUCUGAAGGAUGUCUCAACAUGGCGUUGAGUAACACUAUGGCAUACACAUCGGCUGCCAGUCAAGAUGCUUCAACUGGAAGUGCUUCAUAUUUGCCUGCCACAUCCAUGAAGCCAUUUCCUCUCUCAGGGGCGGGAUUUACUUCUCACCAAGCAGGGGUAAAGUUUGUUCAGCGUAAAGCGUGUCCCGGACGCGUCGUGCACAUCUGUAACCUCCCGGAGGGCAGCUGCACGGAGAAUGACGUCAUUAACUUAGGGCUUCCCUUCGGCAAAGUGACCAACUACAUCCUCAUGCGCUCGACACAUCAGGCUUUUGUGGAAAUGGCAUACGUGGAGGCGGCGCAGGCGAUGGUGCAGUACUACCAGCUGCAGCCGGCUACCAUCAACGGACACAAGCUACUGAUCCGCAUGUCCAAGAGAUACAAGGAGCUGCAGCUGAAGAAACCAGGUAAAGAUGUCGAUUCUAUUAUCCAAGACAUCAAUUCCCAGAGAGAGCGAGACGAGAUGCAGGAGAUCGACAGGUAUUUGCCGGAGCGUGCCAGAUCACGCAGUCCAGUCAGUCGUUCUCUGAGUCCGCGCUCACACAGUCCGAGCUUCACUUCCUGUAGCUCCGCCCACAGUCCACCGGGGCUGCCCUGUCGGCCUGACUGGAGCAACGGCAUGGGGCCCCGCCGGCCCUCUUGGGACUGGACGUCCCAUUCCCGAGGCGACGAGGACCCCCGCGAUAGAGACGACUGGAGGAACGACGAGGAAGAGAGACCUAACGGAUGGCUGUCUGAGCGCAGGAAACCCUACCUUAAAACCGGGGACCGUAUCAGCCCACGUAUGGGGCCCGGGGACGAGCGGGGCAGGGACUGGUACCCCCGCGGAAGCCCUCAGGGUUCGUCCUUCUCCUAUCACUCCUUAGACGACUUUUACAAGAAAGACUCGCUGUACAAGACUGAUAAACUGAGCAGGCUGCAACAUCAGAGACAUGAGGGGAAAACGAAGAGAAGGGACGGCGGUGACUACCACAGACCACGACACUCAGAGUCAGACGUGACAGACGACACAAACUCCAACCGGACAGCUGAUGACCGAGGACGCAGCAAGAGGCCGAGCCGGAGACAAGACAGGGAGGAGAAGGAGUCCGAAAAUCAGAAGGAAGAAAAUAGAGCCAAAGAAAGGCCAACGUCUCCUCAUAACAGCAAACCUGUAGAGUCUUCAAAGUGUGACAGAGAUGGUGACAGUGAAGGACUGGAAAGUGUAGAUGAUGGAGAGGAGGAGAGCUGGUAUCCUAAAAGCAUGGAGGAACUGGUGACCGUAGAUGAAGUUGGAGGAGAGGACGACUCUAUAGUUGAACCUGAUCUACCUGAUCUUCACGAGGAGGACCAGAGAGUCGAGCCCAGUCAGUCGACGGCAGAGAGCCCUAAACCAAACGCAAAGACCCCAACAGAAGGCGAGGAGACCACGGUGGACCCUCCUACCCUUCCACUGCUGGAUCUGGUCCCAGAGGAAAGCUCUGGAGGUGCUCAGUCCAGCCCCGGAGAGAGACCAUCUGCCCCAGAGCAAGCGGUCUGUCAACUCAACCGCUUCCCGUCCCAGGAGUUCAAGAGCGCUUUGGAGGAGACCUGCUCCGCCACUCAUAUAGAGACACACAUCGACACAACCACUGCAGCUGGUCCUCUAAACAACAACAGCACAUGUGAAAGUGGCAAAGUGAAUGACUUGAGUAAUGAUGAAAGAAAGACAGCAGAGAUGGACAAGGAACCAUGUCUCAAACAGGACACUCAGAAGAAAGAUAUUCCUGACUCAUUACCAGCCCCUUCACCUCAGGCGACAGACAUCCUUGCUGCGUCACCCUCUCAGGAGCAGGAGAAAGCCAUCAGUGAACACAGCAUACCGUUAGGUGUGGAGUUCAUCGUGCCAAGGACGGGGUUUUAUUGCAACCUGUGUGGUUUGUUUUACACCAGCGAACAAACAGCCAAGACGUCACACUGUCGGAGUACAAUUCACUACAGGAACCUACAGAAGUAUCUGUCGCAGCUGGCAGAGGAAAGUCUCUUGAACUUCCACACGGAGCCGCCAAACACUGAAUGAAGCUCACAUGAGACUAUCAGGACUGCACCACUGCUGGGACAUGCUGCAAAACAAGGACAAAGAGGAUGGGACACAAGGAAAACCAGAGCAACUGGAUCCUCUGUGUUCACUCUACUUCAUAGCAAUAUGAAUUGUACGAAAGUUUUCAAGAAUUAAAAAAUCGACUUAUUAAAUGUCAUACAUUUUAAAAGAGUAGUUCACUGAAAAAUGUAAGUUCCAAACCCUAAUUACUUUUCGUUCUGUGAAAUACCUUUUUUUUUUUUUCAGAAUAAUGCUAUUUUUCUAUACAGUGGAAUUGAAGCGUUUUGUGGUUACAAAAUUUAAAAAGCACCAUAAAAGUAUCAUAAAAGUAGUAGUUAAACGAUUUGAAUGCACGACGUGGAGGCGAAGAACCGGUGGUUCUCAUUUAAUGCACAGCUAGCCGUUGAUUAUCCCGUUUAUGCCAUUGUCAUUUACCAGCAUUCACAUAUUAAAGAUGUUAACAAUAGCUGUGCUGCAAUAUUUGACCGGAACGAUAAAAAUUACAGUUAUUUUCGUCUGUAUUACUAUUCAACUGUAACUGUAUGUUACUAUGGUUACCAAUGUUUAUAGGAAGCGCAUUAAUAUAGAACGUGAUUAAACUGACCUGGAACUACCUGCAGUUCAACGAAUUUAAUCAACACCUGCCAGCCAAUCAGAAUCCAGUAUUCAGACAGACCAUGGCAUAAAUUAAUUUAGUUUCAUCAUAGCCAUGAUUCAGCCAAAAUGAGGGAAAGAAUCAGGGUUAUUGUCGCAAACUAAAACCAUAAAUUUGUUACUUGAAACAAAUGUUAACUAAAAUAAAAAAAUCUUAAACUUAUUUUAUUUCAGCUAAAUGCUAAGGCAACAUUUCUUAUUUUAAUUUAGUUUAACUUUAAGUACUAAAGUAAUAAACGAAAACGAAUAAAUAAAUAAAAACUAUAGACAUUUAAAAAAAAGAAAACAAAACCAAAAAAUUACUAAAAUUAUCUCAAAUUAAAACAAACAAAAAUAAAUAAAUAAAAAUUAAAUCUAAUUCACAAUAUUAACAAAAUCUUAGUAUAAUAUACUUAUAUAACACUAGAAAGAAUUAGUACAACAUGGCCAUGAUUUACUUAAAAUGAGGAAAAUAAUUAAGUCAUGGGAACUAAUUCGUGACCACAAUAUCUUUUUAUGCAACAUGUCAUUUGUACUUGACAGCCACAGUCUCCAUUCACUUUCAUUUUAUGGAAAAGAGCAGCAGGAACAUUCUACAAAAUAUCUUCAUUUGUGUUCCACUGGAAAAAUAGUCAGUCGUACAGGUUUGAAACAUGAGGGAGAGUAAAUGAUGACAAUUCUCAGUUUUCUGUGAACUCAAAGUGCCCUGUCCUUAUUUGUAGGACAAAACGCAGUGUGUGUGUGUCCUCUGUAGUCCAGCAUGGAAUUUUAUUACACUGUGAAAAAUAUGUAUCCGAAUGUGAAAUGCACUGGUAAGUGUAGUGUUUACAUCAUCUGCCUCUGCCUCAUUCAUACUCUAAAGCUUGCGCAUAUGUUGAAUUUUCUCUGUGGUGGACAAGUAUAAACUUCACUUCAGAAGUGCCUAAUUUAAACUUCUAUUUAAAUUUAAAGAGUUGUAAAAUUAUCCUCAGGUUCAUGCUUGUGAGUAUUCUGUUGAUGCUCUUUAAAUUAUUAAUUUGCGUCAUUCGUCAGGUCUUCAAUCUGUUUCAAGCUUGAAAUAUUCACUUUUCGAAGUGCCUUAUAAUGUAUUAAAAGCCCCAAAUGCUUAAAAGUCAGUCGAACACAAUGGAAAGCUGCUUCUGUGUAAUGUCUGCCAUACUAUUUUGCUUUCAUUGCUGUACACAAAGCUCAGACUUUAGGGAUACUUGAACUGGACCAUGUUUAUUUGUCUAAUAUCAAAUUUAUAUAAAGCUGAGUGAGUGUUAUAAUGCUAGUAUAUUAUUGGAAUGGUUCUGGAAAACUUUUUCUCCUGCUGUUUUAUAUUCUGUUAAUAGCACUCGAUUUUAUGGAAGACAAAUAUGUAUAAAUAUUUUGGGUUGCAUUGAUGCAAAUAUUAAAUAAACAUUUUGGAAAAUAA